AUCAGGAUAAUGGCUUUGGAAAUCAAGAAGAACCCAGCCUGAUCAGACCAACAGCUUAAUCUAGCGAAGCAUCCUGGUUCUUACCAGCCAAAGUGCCUCAUGGAACCCUAUAGGCAAGAAAUGAAGGCAUGGUUGCUUCAUACAGGAGAGAUGCUGGUGAAUUUUCAUUAAGGAACUAUUUAAAAAUGGUUUAAAGUUUGAUAAAUUUUAUGGAUUCUCUUACAUUUUAAUAAUCAUGAAAAUCGAAUUAGAGGUUCUAGCCUCUACAUGUAUUAAACAGAAGAAGCCAUGGCCUCGAAUCACCUGGCUGGGAGAGGAAAAAGAGGCUGUUUUUCUAUUAGAUGACAAAAACAUACAUGAAAUUAACUUGCUUACUGGAAAGACAAAGAAGAAGAUUCCCCAAUUACAGACUUUUCUAAAGAAUGUUAUUGCGUUAACAACCUCAAGAAAUGGAGCUUGGUUGGCAGGAAUGCUUAAAACAGGAGAGCUUUUUCUUUGGAACAAAGACCAGGACAUUAUAACAAGUGUCCCAGCUGUAGAGGAAUCUAAGAAAGUUGCUAUAGCAGUGCAAGAAUUUUCCUUGCGAUUAUGCCUCCGUGUUUCCAGCAAAGGAAGUAAAGUGCUUCUUGCUACUCCAGAUGCCUGUGUCUUACUGUGGGAAAGCACAGAAUCAAAAAUGACACCUUCCCAAAUUUCUGCAGUGGGGCAGUGGUCACAAAUUAUUCCUGGAGCUUCAAUUGCGUUACCAUCCAUUGAAGAGAAGGAAAUUGCAGUUAGUGCUGAUUUUAUCGAAAAUGAGAUGUUGGGAGAAUGUUGCUUGUGUUCUUUUGCAUUUUAUUCUGAGGACCACCUGCUGCUGAUAUUUUUGAAGAUCAAGUGGCAGGAGAACAGUUUUAAAAAUGCAAGCUCUGUUCCAUGUCAGAUACACUGGGCACAGCAAACGUGCUCUCUGCGUAGUUUGUCUCCCUGUUGUGAAUCAUUGAAGUCGAGAGGAGCUUUGCUUACUGCAUUCUCACAUGAUGGGCUUGUGCUAGCAGUAGCUCUCAAUCAAAAGGAUCUACAGGCAACUCAGAUUUUGUUUAUGAGCACUAAGAAUUUUGUUACUGCUUCAGGGACCCUUAAAGGUUGUGGUAGCAAGAAUCCCAAAAUUCCAUCAAAGUUAAUAAGGUCUUAUUGGAUUGCUGACAUGAGCUGGACUCCUGAUAGUCUGUUUUUGGUUUGCAUGUUAAAACGUGGAUCUCUGAUCAUAAUGACAUGCUUGGGUGAAUUGAUGACUUUAGUUACUUAUGGCUGCUCUGUAGAAUUUGGACCAGCAGAAUUUAUUCCUCUACAUCCGUUAAUAACAUACAGAUCACAGGACUCUUUCUUGAAUUCUCAUGAUUCAUCAGUUUCUGAAGGAGACCCCAUGAGGCAGAGAUUUUCUGUAACAUCUCACUCAAGUUUGCCUUAUCUCAUUGCCUCUGAUGGAUACAUGGUUACAGUUCUUAAAUUUUCCGGCGGCUUUUCACCUUCUACAUAUACAAAGUCGUUGCUGCUUGAUUCAGCCCAAAGACUAGAAAAAUUACAUCACAAUUUGAUUACGCAUAAGUCUGAAGGGAAAAAGCAGCCAUUGCAGUCAUUGUCUUCCUUGAGAGCUAAUCUUUUACAAUAUGAAAAUCAAAGUUCUGCUUUCUCUGGCACCCCAAAGUUUCUGCAAGAGGAGGAGGGAGCCACUGAACUAAAUGAAGAAGUAACACUCUUCCAGGAGUGCAAUGAAGAAUCCAGUGAUGACAAUUUUUUUCAAAGUAAUUCCUAUAUUUUGGGAAGCCAAAAAGCUGACUUCUCUUUAUGUGACGAAGGCCAGCUGGAAUUCGCAUCAAUGUUUGACACAAUUCAUGCAAUAGAUGGAACAGACAGAAGAAAAGAUGGUCUAUUGUUUGAACUGAACCAUAUUCAAAAAAAUCUCAUUGCUGCUUGGAGAGUGGGCAUUUCAAGAAGUAUAAAAGAAAAAGAUGUAUUAUUGAACUUUAACAUUCGUUGCAUUGUACACUUUUUUAACAUUCUCCAGCAUGCAAAACUUAAAGAAUUAGAUCAUCCUGUCAAGAAUCAAUCAUGGAUACAGUGUGUCUUAAAGUGUUUCCAACAAUUUUUGACCGUCCUAAGUUGGGAGGAUCAACACAGACAAACUUUGGGACAUUUAAUGAAAUUUACAAUGCAAACCUUAAAACUGAUACUCGCAGGACAACAAGAUAAUCUGUUCUCCAGUAAUCUUUUGGGGGGCUUCUCAUUGCUGAAGAUGGUUAUUCAUUAUUUAAAUGCCAAAAAAAUACCACAAUAUGAAGUUCUUCUAGCAGAUCUGAAUGGUAAUAAUAAGGUGGAACUAGAUUCUAUAGAUGUGCCUCUGUUUCAAAGCAUGGAUUGGAGUAGUCACCAGAAGCAUUGUGCAUUACAUUCUGUGCUAAAGUGUUCUCUUCCAAUGGUAAACCUAACUGAGAAUCAGGAAAAAAGGUUAACUCUAAUGUGGCGACUCUUGUAUAAACAUGUGAUUUGGUAUUGGGCACAACUAAGCAGAAAAGUGAAUAACUCAAAGAAGUCAAUAACUGAUAUCCAAAUUGCCCAUGAAGCUCCAGUGACCCAAAGGCUUGCAAGUCAUAUCCAGGCAAUCUUACAGUCUUCAGGAGAAAGUCUGGAACAACUUCUGAAUCUCAAGUCAGUGAAUGGUGAGGAAGAAUUUCUGAUGGGAUCUUAUAAAGAGUCCGUGGAGGCUUGGGAGAGAGCUUUUCAGGAAACGAAAGCAAAAGGAGGAAAGAGAAUGCCUUUUCUUCAAACUCGAUAUUAUCUUGCUAUUUUAUAUUGCCAUCUGUAUCAUUAUAAUGUAAGUGAGGCUCAGGGUCUAUGUGAUCAUCUGGUGUCUGUGCUUCUAAAACGAACCCAAAUUUCUGUAAGAAACCAAGACAUUACGACAGAUGCUGAAUGGAUAGAAGAUGUUCACACUGAAGCUGCACUGGCAGUGGUUCAGUCUUUGGCACGAUUCAUGGCAGCCUACUUCACUAAUGGGCCAAUUUAUGUAUUUCCUCCCCACAAUGUUGGUAUCUUACCUCCACUUCAUGUCAAGCCAGACAGGUGUCUUCGUGUUAUUCCUCUACAGCAGUCCAGAGUCACUGAAGCAGUUAGGGAUAAUGGCCUCUCUUGUGUGUGGACUGUAGAAUAUACUCUUGAUUUGUUGCUUGUCAGUGGGCUUAUCCCAGAAGCUGUGUGGCUAGCACAGAAACUUGGAGACUGGAAAAUGGCUGUUUCAGUUGGAGUGGCUUAUCAUCUGUAUUGUCAAAGUAAUAAAGGCUUAGCAAGGUCAGGGAAAAUUGAAUUAUUCCUGCCAUUACACUUGACUCCAAUGCAUAUCUUUCAAGAAAAGCUACAAUCUUAUUUGGGUCAGCCUGUCAACAAUGAAACAGCAAAUGAAGGAAACCCCAGAUACAAACAACUCACAGAUCCUAUUGAAGAGGAAGAUGCAAAUGUCCUUUUUAAUUCAAUAGAACAAAUACUAAAAGCAGCUGUUAUGGCAGAAGCAGACAUUCUGUCAGAACCUUUGCAGGUUUUGAUGGACUUUGCCAAGGAUCUUAGUAGAAAAUUCUGCGGCUUGGUUCCUGAUGGCUUAUAUCUUCCAGCACCACCUUUAUAUUGUCCUCAGCCAACAUUUGUUAGUGAAGAAGAAUACGCUGGUUCACCAUUAAGAAUGGAGAGAGAGUGCAGACAGAAGGUAUCUGGAAUUAUUCAACGGAUUCUUCUUCUUUUCCGGGCUGCUCAUUGUUCUUUUGCUGCUGCUCAAUGGUAUAUUGUGCAGCUGAAACAUGUACGAAAAGUUAUGCAAAAGAUUCACAAAAAAAGUGCUCUUUCUCCUUUAAGUGAUCUUCCAGAAAAUUUGCUUAAAUAUUCCAAAUAUCAUACAGUGUUCUUAAGGCCCACUUCUUCUGGUGACCAUAACUAUGAUGCUGUUUCAUGUAAAACUAUAGGGUGCUUUCGAGAAUUGUGUGUAUUGUGCUGGAUGCUUCAUGUCCGUGAAAGGUUGUCUGAUAGUUGCAGACGGUACCAAAGGGCAAGAGAGAAUUUGGAAAACCAGAAUGAACUCAAGAGGAUUGAAUUUGAUUCUUGUAUAGUUGAGUAUUCUGUCAGUGCUUUGGAGUGGGCUUGCCGAAUGCUUCCUUUUGCUAGGUUCAUGAACAUUGAAGAACUUGUCCAGGAUAUCAUUCUGAGCUUUAUUGGAGAAUUACCACCAAUUAAAAAGGUGGCAGAAAUUUUGGUGAAAGCAUUUCCUAGCCCUGAAGAUGUGAGGGUCCCAUUAAGGGAUAAAUACAAUGAUCUACACCAGCGACUUAGACACUGCACAGUUAAAGGCCCCAACAGUGAAGCAGUGAUGUCCGUUGUUCUACAGGCUGCUUACAAAGCAAAUGUGAAAGCCCUGAAACGUGUGGUAAGAAACAUAGGGCCCAUUCAGACAAGUAUCUGGGAGCCACCAGAAGAAGAGAUGCAAGGCCCUGGACUUUCCUGCUAUGAUGAAUUUUCUUUGGGGACUACUCUGAGCCGAAGCACAAUUUCAGAUUUGGGAAACCAUCAGGGGCAUGACAAUGUUGAACCAGCAGAUUCAGUUUCUGAGUUUUUGGUGACAGAAGAAGCACAAAAACUGAGUCAAGAAGAUCCCAAUGAUUUGCCCUGCUGUAGAGAUGUUUCCAACUCUAAAGAGUGGACUGAAAAGUUAAAGGACUGCAGUGGGGAAGGAGAUAAUAAAAAAGAGACCCAUAAAGACUUUCCCAAUCAACUCCGCAUGCCUCUCGUCGGUGAAUGGGAAUUUGAACGUGAUGAUGAUGAAUAUAUUAAGUUUUUAGACCUUUUUCUAACUUACAUGCUUGAAAGAGAUCCACUCAAUCACAGUGAAUCUGCUGUUCCUUUUCUGACAUGCUUUUCAGCACUCCUUAAAGAACAUGAGCUCCACUCUCUUCUUUUUGAUGUUCAUACCACACUGAUACGUCGACAGGUCAGAACUGAAGUCCAGAAUGCAUUUAGAGCUGGUUCUUGCUACAGCCUUGCUUUUGGAUCUAGUGAUUCUAAACUAGCUCCUCUAUGUGGUAAAAAGAAAAAAGACUGUGAAAAAGAAACUUUAGCUGUUCAACAACCAUUAGAGCUUUCUGUUCGUGAUUCAGUUAUGAGACGUACUGAAAGAAGAGGAUUAUUUGGUCAAAGCCGGCAAUCAGUCACUGGCACACAUGAUUCCAGCAAGGAAGUAACAUUCACACCAGCAUUAACUCAAUGGUGGUCUACCCCUAAAACAGCUCUGCUUCAUAAAUACAUCUGCAAAACUGGACAAGUGAAUGAUGUCACACAGCAAGAGGAACCAACUCCAGAAAUGCACCUGAAAUUUAACAAUAUAUCUCGCUUACUUGAAUGGAUGAUCAGGUGGUCCAGUAAAAGAAUGUUUCAAGAUCCCAUCACAACAGGGACGUUUCAGGAGUGCCAACCAAUGAUACAUGUAAAAGUAUCUUCAUCUGCCGUACUUUCAUCAUUGUGGAUUUUAGAGCAACGUUACUGCAACGGAUCUCAAGACCAAAAUUGCCUUUUGAAACCACAGAAAUGGUAUGAAGAUCCUUUCGCCAUCAUACCCAAACUGGAGAAAGAUGGUGCUGUGGAUACAAAUAGUUCUUCCUUAGAUGGGGCUUCAGCUGAUACCCAAAAUGGACAUGCAUAUGGUGAACCAUUUGAAAAUAUUCCAAGGUGCAGAACAUUACCUGAAAAGCGGAAGAAGAAGAAAGUUAGUCACAGGGAUCGUUCUGUAGUACCUGAUGUAGAUAUCGGAGGUACAGCUGUUGAUAUCAGUAUGGCAGAAAAAAUGGUAGGAUUCCUACCAUGUGAAGUGGAUGUGACAUCUGAAACUGAAGGCUACAGUGAAGAUCCAUUUUCAAGCAGUCCUACCAUUUCUGUCAGUAUUAAAUCAGUACAAAAGAAAAACGAGGCAAGUUGUUCUCAAAAUAAGUGUAUUUUCUUCCAUUCAGUAAUGAUAAAAUCUGCUUUAUGCAUCAUAUAUAACAUUAAAUAUGAUUUACAGCUCUCUGAAUUAAAAGUAGAAUGUCAACAGGAUGAGCCUUUAAUGGAAAUAUCUGAGGGAAAAUACACAAAACUGGAUGGUACUACAUGUGAGGUAGUUCCCAGUGAUGUUCCUCUUUCACUUUGCCCUGAAAGGAGGGCAGAAACAUCUAGUGUAGACAUCACUGUUUCAGAUGAUCAGCCCUCUUUCACUGUUGUGUCAGACAUUGUUUCAAGCGAUGCUGGUGCAAAAAAAGAGACAGACGAUGGAAGAGAAACAGCAGCACAACCAGCGAACACUUCAGAGGCUGUCAGGCAAAUGCUACAAGAUGAAAUGUUUAAGCUGAUUCAGCUACAGCAGAUUAACUACCUGAGCCUCAUGCAAAUAGUUGGAUUUGCCCACUUGCCGAAUAUAUCACAGCAGAUGCAGCAGCCACAACUCUUUCCAUUAGGAAGAAGCCGGGCUUCAAACACAGAAGAAGGUAAUAUACAUCAAUCUCCCCCCAAACAACCAGCAGAUUGUAUUCAAAAACUUACUGACCAUCAGAUACCAACUCUGGAAAACAACUGGAAUGUUGGUCAGAAAAACAGCAGUCCUCAGAAAGAAAAGAACUUACCUGAUCAGAACCAGGAUGGAAAUAACAUGAAACCUGUGCACAUCAGUGAUUCUUCAGCAUUACAAGGGAGUCAGUCUGUUGGUGCAAGAUUGAUUCUACCAGUUCAGAGCCCACCUCAUCAGAAUCCAGCCAGGCCACUCCCUCUGUUAUCCGCUUCCCUAAAUGCUGAGAAGAAACCAAAGCUUAUUCCAUUGGCAAAACCUAUAAAUAACGCAGAAGGGUUUCCAUUGCUUAAACUAAAAACAAAUCAUCAAUUUCAGCCACUCAAUUUCUGCCCAGUAAGCCCCCCCAGAGUUUUCUGCGGACCAUUCUCACAACGAAGAGAAGCCUGGGGUCCCCCUCCUUCUCUGGCACAAGAUCGUCGAAGUUUACAGAUGUCAGGACCCACAACUGAGACAGGAGCACACCUAAAGUUGAACCAUUAUGACCAAAAUGUUAUAAAGCAAGCACAAGAGCAGACAAACCAUUGGACAGAAACAGUCAAGAAAGGGACUUCCAAACAUUUUCCUUUAGAAGAAUAUGGAAAAAAGGAAAAUGCAGCACCAUUACAACACUUCCAUGAACAUCUAAGGGCAGAAAAAACAUUGGUUGACAAUGAAAUUAAUUUACAUGAAACAUACGGAAAUUUUACUGAAAUUCCUUUGCUAUAUCUGAAGACUGACCCACAAUCCAAAUGUUUGCCAAUCAGAUUUACAACAAAAAAUACAGAUUCCAGAGGACCCCUUAGACAGACAGGAUUACCAUUGCUUAAUGCUAAUUUAGCUCCACUAACCAAGUUUCAGAUACCGAGACUCAUUCCACUUCAAGAUCUCAUUGCAUUUGAACAAAGCCAGCAUUUCAUUCAAGACCCGCACCAUGGACAUAAAGACCAUCCUAAGCAGAUCCAGUUAUUAAAAGCUAACAUUAAACUAAGUGAAGCAAGACAAGUUAGGAGUAAUAGAAAAAGACAGAAGAGACGCACUGAAAAUCAGAUCAAGGAGAAGGAAGAAAGGAAGAAGGAGAAGGAAGAAAGGAUGAAAGCCAUUGUAACUAAUCAACAAGAUAAUUCCGCUGUUUGUCCUGAGGCUGUAGAGCAAACAAAGGAAUACCAAGCAGAGUUAAUCUCUGGCCAGUGUGAUGACAAUUCAUUAAUGAAAUCAGAUACAUAUAUUUCAUCAGCAGCACUACAUUACCUGGCUUCUGUAGGAAAAAAGAUUGCAGAUCUCCAAGAUGCCAGCACAAAUACAGAUACUGUUCUUAAAUCACAUCAGAAUAUACAAACUCUAUCAGAAGAAUUAAUUGAUGAAUCUUUUGGAAACCAAUCAGUCACCUCUGCUUCUGCAUCUGUAACAGUUCUUAAAUCACAUCAGGAUGUUCAAACAGUCUCAGAAAACAUAAUUGCUGAAACUAGUAAAAAUCAGCCAAUCGUUUCUGCUUCCGCUUCUGCUUCUGCUUCUGAAACAGUACCGUUACCUUCUUGCGUUCCUCAGACUUUGCCACCAGAGUUGUAUUUGAACUUUAAGUCAUCCAGUGAAACUACAGAGAAGCCUUUGCCAUCUUCAUCUGAUUGGGCUGAACAGAGAUAUAUCAGCGUGACCGAUAUAGAGGCUGGCGAUCUUCUCAAGAAUUUGCCAGUUAUACCCGAGCCUGCUGCACAGCCUAUUGUCACACAACCUGUGGAGCCUGAAUUCCCAGCUUCUGCAGAACCGCAUUAUACAGCAGCCUCUGUUACCAAUGUGGUACCACUGGAAGAAUUUAAGAGAGAAGGAUUAACAGAGGAAGAAACUGCCAGCGAUCAUCUUACUUCAAGCCUCCUUUGUGACGAUUUUCCCAAUAUUUACACAGAAUUGUUAGGCCAAAAGAUCAGUAGGCAGCACUUUUCUGGCAAACUACAAGAAAUGGAUAGACAACUAUCGUACUUACAAAAUUUGGCAGAAAGAAUGGAGAAAGAAUAUAGCACUACUAAAUUGUUUGGGGAAACAGCAGAAGAUGUCAGUGUGAUACCUGAUCAAGAAGAGGAUGACAUACUGUACUUUGCACCAGGUGUUAAGCUUUGCAAAGCAGAACGUUAUUCAACCCGGGUAAUAGUGGAGAAUUUUACAGAGGAGAAAGAUACCUUAGAAGCAAAAUCUUCCCAAAAUAGUUUCAUUGCCUUGAAAACACCUUCUGUUUCCCCUUCAGUAUCAGCUGCUAGUCAUCCCAAGGUCAAAAAGCUGUCUUCCGAUACCAGUUUUAAAAUGGAAGAAGAAGAUAAGAGGUAUUCAGAAGAUCCCCUUCAAAUCACUGGCUUUACUGAUGUUUUGGACAUCAUUAAUGAUCUUAUAGUGGAGAAUGGUGUUUCUCCGUUAGAGCUGGGUCUUACAGAAACUCAGGCUAAAAAAAUGGCCAGUCUUUCAAAUAUACCAAGUAGACAGUCAUAUAAAGCUGAGAAGGAUAAAAAAGAGUUGCAUGCUUGGAUGAAAAGAAAACGAAAAGAGAGACUUGCUGAAUAUAUGCAAACUCUGUCUGAAAAGCGGGCAAAAGAGCACAAUCCAUUCCAUUUGAGAAAAAUGCCCCUUGGGCUGUCAACACAAGAGAUUAAAUUACAACAGAAAAAGAAAAAGGAGAAAGAUAAGGUCUUGCUGUCUGAACAUCAUAAUCUGAGAGUCAGCGAAGCUCUCACUCUGAUGCACGACUUGCUGUCUGAUACAGUGCAGCUCCCUUCCAGGGAAUAUAAACCAUUGCCCAGAAGAAGAUCAUCUUAUGAUUUUAAGCAGCCACGCAUCACUUCUGCUGGAGGUUUCCAUGGGAGGAACAAGACAUUUGCCAAAGUUGGUUUGGGUCCAGCAAGAUCCCUUUCAAGUCUAUCUUGUGGCACAACUUGGAAGAAGGGUCGACUUGGCCAAGCUCCUUACAGAAGAACGUCAUCAGAAUCCUAUCAAGCGGAGACAUCUUGGAAAAGCAGUAGAAGCCAGAGGCAGUGGACGAGUAGCAGGCUUGACCUGAGAAGCCAUGCUUCUGAUCAGACAAGAGAGUCAGUGAGUCAGAAAAGGCUCCUCACUUCUAGCAUGACAUCUCAGGCAACUGAGGAGACUGAAGACGACACUGUGAGUGUUUGGAGUGUUCCUGACGAGAUCCAGCAAAUAUUGUAUGGCACAUCUAAUUCCCAUUUCAAGAAGGAAUCUUCACUUCCAGAAGACGCUUGCUCCAUUGCCAGUCUUAAUAAUAUUGACAGUGUGUCUGAAAGUACCAGCAGUAUCCUUAGCAAGCUCGACUGGAAUGCCAUAGAGGCGAUGGUAGCAAAUGUGGAGGAGAAGUAAAACAGUAUCUAGCCUGUUCUGGUCUUUAAAAGGCUAUUAAGCAUAAUAUAUAGAUAAAUAACUGCUGGUGAAGUUGCAAGAUCAUCAAGCAAUGCUACAAGUAACAUAAAGGACCAGUAUUCACCCAUUCAAGAAAUUCUGCAUAACGUUCCAGAAAAAUCCAAGGAAACUUAAAAAAUGGUUACCUUCAGAAUAAUUUGAAAUGCAAGGUGACGUUCCACAGAAUGGCAUUUUAAAUUUUGUAGAAUAUGUAGGUGUUUAAUAAAUCUGGUGAACAAGGUCCUAGGGAUGUUACUAACUUUUAUUUCUGAAAGAGUGUUUAGAAUUUAGAUGGCCAGACUUGCAUCUUAAUUUCAAUGAAUCUUGCUUAAAAUUAUGAAUAUUUAAAUAGUAUUUCUAUAAUAAAAUAAUACUUGGUUUGUUUUAGCGUUAUGUUUGUAAAUGCUUUUGCUGGGGGGACAAGUUUGGGGUUAACACUGACUCAAAAAACACAAGUAAAAUGUCACAUUACUGUUCCCCUUCAGAAAUAUUUCUUCUUUAGCCUCCAACAGAAUUAUUCAAAAGCAGUAUGUAUUUUACGCUAUGGAUUUCUCUUAGCCUGCCACAUUUAGGAGAUAGUUCAUAAUAGUAAACUCUCAUGAAACUAGGAAAGUUUCUGAAGAUUUUAAUGCAGUGGGCAAUAGAGUACGAUAUCCCCAGUGCCCUCAGUUCAGCACCAAGACUAGUCUACUCUGGCCUUUUGGUUAAGAUGGCAGUCUGCUGAGUCACAGUUUGUUCCUUUCUUCCUCCAUGGGUUGUUGAAAACAAUAUGGCAGGCAUUUGUGAAGAUAAUGUGCCUUGUAAGCAGAAGAAAUAGCUCCCCCCCCCCCCCCCCGCACAAUCUGUCUCCCCUUGUCGUGGCUCAAAGGUCUGAUGAAGGAGCAUGGCUUUGCGGGAGCAAGUUGCUGCGUGUCCUCACGAGGCAGGGAGGUUUGCAGAAACCGUUUUUAGUUCGGAGAUACAAAGAGAGCAACGGUGACUGCAGAACUGUCUUCUGAAAUCACAGCAAGGGCUAUUACAAAUACGGAGCGUUUAGAUAUGAUGCCUACGAUCAGCAGAAGGUCUGCAAAAUACACUUCCAAAGUGGAUAUUUUAGAAAGGAAGUAUAUUGAUAUUCAGAAAAAGCGUCAAAGAAUAAAGAACUGUUGCUGUUUUAUAUGAAAAAAGAAUGGAACCCUUAGAAGAAGAACAUACUUCUUUUAAAAACGACACUCUGCCAAAAUAAAUUGGACUGGAUCCAUUGUCUCCUCAAUCUUAUAAAAAAUCUGUGUUGAAAUUCUUUGCGUUUAGAGUGAUUGUCCCUUGCUGAUGCGAUGGAGAAAUAUUUUCAGGGGGGGGUUCAACCAGAGUAUUUUUCAUUCUUCAUUUUCUUUCAUUUUUAAAGUGUUGUGGUUUUUUCAUUUGACCCGAUUAGGGCUGCACCAGUAGGUUUUUCCUAGUGUUUUAUAUUUCAUUGUUUCUGUAUUUUAUUUCCAGAUUAAAGGGGUUCCCCUCGACAAAA